AUGGGGUUGCACGAUCUAAUAGAGCGCAGUCGUGAGCGAAAUAACUUGGAGAUGUGGUCGGGUGCCGAAGGCCAUGAUCAAUCCGACAACCCGGGAACACCCUUUGGAAUGCAUUAUAUACCCACGUCACCAGGAAGCUUGAGGGGGCGCUCAGCUCACCCCAAUUCUGCAACCGAAGGCACCGGUAGCCAGUCCGUGCAUUCAUUCAACAAUGAGCGGUCAGGCGAGCAAAACCUGUUCACAAAAUCUCCUCCAAGUCUUCAUAGUCAAGAAGAAUUGGCUCCACCAAAUCAAGACCGUCUCCGAUCUCGAGAAGGCUUCAUAGGCAAUAGCAGCGGUGAAAACCUUCAGAAUCUUGUGGCUGACUGGGCUCAGUACAUGGGAUCAAAUCCUAAUGAUUAUCGCGCGGGAUCUUCGGCGUCGCUAGCCAGGGAAGAUCCGGGCAUUACGGUUUCCAAAACACGACAACCAACAAGCUCUUCCAGGACACACUCCGAGGCCCGAGUACCCCAUCUUGGUGAUCUAGACCUUUCGCACAGACUCGCGGGGAAAAGCAUUGGGUCUGGGCCUCCAUCAACUAAUGCAUCCAUGUCGGAACUGCCACGUCCGAAUAGAUAUGGGCCGCAAAUGGCAUCGCAAGAGAACUUUCAAUCUCAUGAGAGAUCUGGAACAUCGACAGUCAUGGGUUCCGAGCCCCAAAAGCAAGCUAUGUCUCAUCAACGAGAUGCGUCCUCUUUUUAUUCGCGCCAAAGCAGUAGCCCUUCACGUGGGGCAUCUGCCGUGCAAUCGCUGAGAGCCCAUGCUGCAAAUGCAAUGGACAGCUUACCCAAUAUUCACACUCAAAUGGUAGCUGGGACUGGCUCAGUCCAAAAUGAACUGCAACCAGGUGCCGAGGUUCUGAAAAGCAAAUUUGUUGAGCAACUUGAUGCAGCAAACUGGGAAUUACCCCAGAUGCAUGGCAUUUCCAAUGGCGCCAAUGGUGCCGGGUCACAUCGCAGAGUCAGUCCCGGCUGGAUGACAGGGGGUCGGCGAAUGGGCUAUGGUUAUAGCUUGGUGGACAAUGCUGAGGAUCACCCAGCAACAGUUGGAGGGAACAUCAGUCCAUUUCCGAAUGGGAAUUGGCACAGAGACACUCCGGGGCCUAGUUCUGACAGCCGGCUAUCUCCUAUGAACAAAAGUCCUACCAAUGCCAGGGGGGAACCCGUUUUGACACCAACGAUGUGGGCCAAAAUGAAGAGCCAUUCAGUUCGAGGUAAUAGACACGCACCGCUGGCAGUGGAUUCGGCUGGUGGGGGAAUGGCUGCAGGUGAAGCCCGUCGUGCAAGCUCAAUUUGCGCGCAGCACAUUGAGUCACCAACUUCUGCAAAGACGCCAAAUUCGGCAAGGAGCUUUUAUAUCGAAGACGUCGACGAAACGUUGUUAAGUCGAUGGGCGAAAGCCAGCCGGUCCACGCGUAAACAACCACAACCAGACAACUACCACGAUUCAACCCACGGACGCAAUGUUUGCACUCCAGAUGCUUCACCACUUAGUGCACGCCACUUCUCGAUUGAUCAGACAAACCAUCAGCCCUCCGUGUACUUCGAUCCGUCGAAUGACAGGAGUGCAGACAUGUUAAAUGGACAUCCUUCCCGGUCUCGUAGUGGACGCUGGAUACUGAAGUUUUCCAGAAACAGGGAAAGCAAGAGACGCUCGAACCCUCCCCGAAAAGAACCAUCUGAGGAAUCGCCAGUGCAGUACCAAGAGCGUCCGUCAAGUGACCUGGGACGAGCAAACUCUACCAGAAGCGAUGUGGCAGAGGAUCUCGCGAGUGCGUAUCAGGAGUGCAUUGGGAUGCCCGGGGCUUUUUAUGGAAGCCGAUGGGCGAGCCGAACAAGUCUGGUGGUGGAGGCAGAGUGA